AUGAACAUGGACACUGCAAAAUUGAUAAAGGCCGCCGUUCCCGAAGCAGAAGGGCGGAACGCACGCAUCUUGUCGCAGAACGUCUCAGACCACAAAGACCCAAACUUUCUCUCGCAAGACUUCCCGCGGCAACCCCCUAGAUUGUACAUUACUGCGGAGAGCGAUGACUUCGAUGCCGUGACUAUUGCGGAGUGGCAGGCCGAAGGAUUUGACGUCCAGUAUCUUCCCAUGGGAAAUGGGGGAGACGAAUACUUGAAAAAGCUCAAGGGCCUCAAAGGAAAUGAGACAACCACAUUCGAGACCUUUGGUAUCGUAGCAUAUGGCGAUGCUGCUGCCAUGUGUCUUCAGCAUUACCACAUCAUGGACAACAACCCCGACUUCAAGAUCAAAUUGCUCAUCGCUUAUUACCCGACCGCGAUCCCCGACCCAAAAGGUCGCUUUCCAAACAACAUAUCAGCUCUCGUGCAUCUAAUCGGUGGAGAAGACGUCGAUGUCACAGUCCAGUCGCAAAUGGUCGGCAUCCAAGGCAAACGGCGUACAAGUCGCAGGACAAUCCAACCAGGAAUGGGCACCGGCGGUCUGCUUCGACUCGCGUAUCCAAGCUAUACUUACCAAGCACAGCCUGGGUUCGCAGAGCACGAUUUAGACGAGUAUGACGCGAUAAGCGCCGAUUUGGCAUGGAGCCGGAGUUUGGCAGCGGCGAGGAGGGCUUUCGGCCUGACGGUGGACUUGGAGUACGUCUGGGAACAAAAUGUUCAAGGGAAAUUUCUCAGUCGAAGCCUCGACACAACCAUGUCCAGCUACACGACACACAAAAGCCCGCAUGUCACUUACAUUCCGACCUUGACAGGAGGCAUCGGAGCUGACGAGCUCGAGGAAUUCUAUUCCCAAUAUUUUGGGAACCCCAAGUCACUCAAGCUAACUCUAGUGUCUCGAACCAUUGGUGCCGACCGCAUCGUCGAUGAGAUCCACGUUCGGUUCAAGCAUACACAAGAGAUGCCUUGGAUCUUGCCAGGCGUCCCGGCCACCCAAAAGCGAGUCCAAAUACUCGUAGUUAGUAUUGUUACUAUGAGAGGUGGGAAAUUGUAUCAUGAGCACGUCUACUGGGACCAAGCCAGCGUCUUGCUUCAGAUUGGGGCCCUAGAUCCCAAUGCAAUACCGGAAUCGGCAAAGAAACUAGGAAUCGAAAAGCUGCCUGUUGUGGGAAGCGCAGCGGCCUCGAGAGUACUGAAGGGCUGGGAUCCCGAACAGGAGGGCGAGGCGGACAAUGACUUGAUACCGGGAUGGAACGAUGAAGGUGAAGGUGGCGACGAGGCCGGUAACGGUCUCGACGGACAAUCUCUGAAUGGCAAGGCUGCAGGGCAGAAGAGUGCUGAGAAAUCGGAAACGGACCAGGGUAACUGA